GCCUUAUUUGUUAAAAAACACAACUUUGUCGGAGACGAAACACAGCAAAAUUUUCCGUACAACAAAAAAGUUUCCAUACUAAAUACCAAAUUUUCCAUACAAAUACAAUGCAGAAGCGUAAACGCCGCUUCCUAGAAAAAGGGCAAAACUUGAUGAUGUUGCGGACGCUCCGAUUGGAAAAAGCAAAAAAGGCUGAGCAGCAGAAAGAGCUGACUAUUAACAAUGCUUUAACCAAAUGCAAAUUAACCUCCUCGGAAGUUGUUCCCGACAUCAAUAAUUUACUUAAGAACAAUACGAUAGGAAACCUGGUGGAGUCCCUUGGCCACGGAAAUAAGAACAAAAUUCGAGCCAACGCCGCAGAUGCUUUAGCCCACAUAGCCAGUGGCUCAUCGGAGCACUCAAAUUUAGUGGGUUCGAUUGCGAAGGCUGGUGCCGUGCCACGAUUGAUUCGCCUUAUUCAGUCACCCGAUCUUGAAGUCUCGGAAAUGGGUAUAUUGUGCUUGGGGAAUCUCUUGCACUUUGCUCCGAACCUCCGUGACUUUAUGAUAACAAACGGAGUUGUGCAAAAGCUGAUAUCUAUUAUUCAGGCUAAAAGCACUUGCACUUUAAUGUUGAGUCAUGUAACCUGGGUUCUAAGAAAACUGUGCAUAAGCUCGCCAACAUCUCGACCUGAUAAUGUAGAUGAGAUCGCUCAGGCAUUGAACGUUCUAUUGUACAACCCAGAGGACAAAAUUCUGGAAGACGCACUUAUGGCAGUGCGUAAUUUGGCCCAUGAAAAUGAAACGAUUCCUAUGCUACUUGACUUAGGAGUUGUACCCAGGAUCAUAUACUUGCUGGAGCAUCCGAACGUCUUGGUUCAGAACGCCGCUCUGCAAGCCCUAAUAAAUAUAGCAAGUGGAUCCGAAGAGCAGAUUCAAGAGUUGCUCAACAAUAAUCUUUUGCCCCAUUUAUCGGCUUUGAUGUCCAAUAGUGAUCCAGAUAUUCGCUGUCAUGUUCUGAGGAUUUUGCAAAACGUCGCUGACGGAAAUACGUUCCAAAGGCAGGCCAUUAUGAACGCAGGUCUCCUGCAUAAAAUACUGGAGUGCCUAAAAGGUGAUGCGAUUCCAUUAAAAUCUGCAGCUGCCUUGACAAUCAGCACACUGGCUAUCAAUAAGGACAAGAAUCUUCUGUACUACCUUAUGAGACAGGGAGUAAUUCCAGAGCUCUGCAAUUUACUCUUGAGCCAGGAAACAGACAUCAUAUAUAAUGUGCUCGAUAUGCUGAGCACCAUGCUAGAUGUGGACCCAUCUUUCUUGGCAGAGGUGUCCGGCAUCAUCGAAUGGAGUGGGGCUCUAAACAAUAUCAGGAUGCUCCAAAGCAACGAACAUGAGGAAAUCGCCGUAGUGGCACGUAAAAUCAUUAGUAGCUACUUUCCCGACAAACCAGACAUCGCAACUAAAUUCUAAUGUGUUUUUAUAUGAAUUCACAUAAAUCAUACCUUUGUACUUUUCCCUCCCAAUUCCAAAAAUUUUACUAUAUAAAAUGAUUUUAUAU